AUCCCAUGCUUUGAUAUUGCCCAUAUCCUCUUCUUUUUACUUUUUCACUAACUCAGCUCCCAUGUGAGGCUAAAGUUGACUUUUUUCCCACUCUAUAUAUACCAGUGUUACAUGGGAUGCAUAUGUACACGGACGACUCAGACUCUCAGCUACCGCUCUCUCUCUCUCUCUCUCUCUCUAUAUAUAUAUAUAAACGUAAGUGUUGUGGUGCCAAAAGAAAGAAGAGAGUGGAAGAAGUAAAAAGUAAAGAAAAUAAUGAGGAAGGAUGAAGUGCGCUUGAAUUGUGGGAUAACAAUCCCAGUGAUUGGAUUAGGUACUUACUCUUCUAAUAAUGAUAGGGUUGCAACAGAGAAAGCUGUCCAUUUGGCUCUCAAGAUGGGGUACAGGCAUUUUGAUACAGCAAAAAUAUACGGUUCGGAGGGAGCUGUUGGAAAUGCUUUAAGAAAGGCAAUUGAGGAUCAAAUCAUCCCAAGGGAAGAUGUUUUUCUCACGUCUAAACUCUGGAGCUGUGAUCACCAUGAUCCUGUUUCCGCACUCAAACACACCCUAAGGAACCUGGGGAUGGAGUAUAUAGACAUGUAUUUGGUGCACUGGCCAAUAAAACUGAAGCCUUGGGCUUGCAAUGCUGUGCCAAAGGAAGAAGACUUUGAAAAGCAGUUGGACAUGGAGACCACAUGGGAAGGGAUGCAGAAAUGCUUAGAUAGGGGGUUGUGUAGAUGUAUUGGUGUCAGCAAUUUCUCCACCAAGAAGAUUGAACAUUUGUUAGAUUUUGCUUCUGUUCCUCCAGCUGUUAAUCAGGUGGAAAUGCAUCCAAUGUGGAGGCAAAGAAAACUUCGGGAAAUAUGUGGCAAGCACGACAUCCAUGUGAGUGGUUAUUCACCACUAGGAGGACCUGGGAAUGCAUGGGGAUCCACCGCUGUGGUUAAAAAUCCACUCAUCAACUCCAUUGCUCUCAAACAUAAAGCAACUCCAGCUCAGGUUGCUUUAAAAUGGGGAUUAACGAGGGGAGCAAGCGUGAUUGUGAAGAGUUUCAAUCCGGAUAGAUUAAGGGAAAACAAGGGAUCCUUGGACCUGAAAUUGGAUGAUGAAGAUUUGAUUGAGAUUGAGCAGUUGCAGGAGAGGAAGAUCAUGAGAGGCGACUUUCUUGUUAAUAAUACAACAAGCCCAUACAAGACCCUUGAAGAACUUUGGGACUACGAAAUUUGAUCAUAUAUAGCUUAUUCACACUCAGUCAAAAUUCAACAAAGUUAAUUUGCAAUUUCUAUUGGUCAAUAUAAUAUCUUCCCUUUCAAUAUAAUAAAGUUUUGCACGAAAUGGUCUUUAA